AUGUCCCAGGUUGCACAGUCGAAAAUUCAGGUCACUUUUAACGUGAGCGAGUACUAUGAAAUUAAAGAAAUUAUAGGAGAAGGGGCAUAUGGAAUCGUGUGUUCGGCGAUUUACAAGCCUACCAACCAGAGGGUGGCCAUUAAAAAAAUCCGGCCUUUUGAACGGACAAUGUUUUGUCUACGAACCUUACGUGAACUUAAGCUUUUGAAACAUUUCAGUCACGAAAACAUUAUCGGGAUAUUGGAUAUACAGAUACCCUAUGAUUUCGAGCAUUUCAACGAGGUGUACAUAAUCCAGGAGUUGAUGGAGACUGAUUUGAGCCGUGUGAUUCGCACUCAGAAACUCAGCGAUAAUCACUGCCAAUACUUCAUCUAUCAGACAUUACGUGCUUUGAAAGCAUUACACUCUGCCGAUGUACUACAUAGAGAUUUGAAGCCUUCCAACCUGCUCAUAAAUUCUAACUGUGAUCUUAAGAUCUGUGAUUUUGGUCUUGCUCGUUCUAUUGCCUCCAAAGAGGAUAAUUACGGCUUUAUGACUGAAUAUGUAGCCACGAGGUGGUACAGGGCCCCGGAGAUUAUGUUAACCUUUCAGGAGUAUACAACUGGUAUAGACGUAUGGUCGGUUGGCUGCAUAUUGGCAGAAAUGCUAUCGGGGAGACCUUUAUUUCCGGGCACUGAUUAUCAUAAUCAGCUUCAGCUGAUUAUUGAAGUUUUGGGUACUCCUUGUGCCGAUGAUUAUAAUGGUAUCAAGUCUUGGAGAGCCAAAGAAUACAUACGCAUGCUUCCAUUCAGGAAGAAGCGUGAAUUCUCAGAGCUUUUCCCAGACGCAAACCCAUUAGCCGCAGAUCUUCUAGAGAAAUUGCUCACUUUUAAUCCCAAAAAGAGAAUUACCGUGACCCAAGCUCUAGAACAUCCUUAUUUGGCAUUUUACCAUGAGCCAGAGGAUGAACCAGAUGCUGAAAGAAUACCCGACGACUUCUUUGAUUUUGACAAGCGUAAGGAUGAACUUACGAUGUCUGAGUUAAAGAGAAUGAUGUACGAUGAAAUACUGAAGCCCUUGAGAUAG